UAGAAAGCCCAUCUCUGCGAGGGGAGGAGGGAAGGGUGGUCUCAGUCUCAGCUAAGCGGCUGCUUUAGUCCCCCACCAUAAGCAAAUUCACAGAUGUCUCUGCACGCGUCUCAGCCAUCAUGAGAAGGCAGCCUGCUCCUGUGUGAGCCCUGGACAGAGUGAAGCAGAAAGAGAUUCAAAGAGAAUCAGCAAGGAAAAGGGUGGGAGGGAGAGCAGGAGAAAGAAGAGGAGAAGGCGAAACACAUACAUCGUUUCUGCUCAUGAGCCCGAUCUGGUGUGUUUAAGCGCAAGAAGAGAAGAGAAAAGAGGGAGGAAAAUAAAUCCGUGGACCUUGACAUCUCUUUGUUUUAAUUUUCUCUCUCUUUUUUUAUUCAUUCAAUGAAUACUAACACAGCAGAGUAAAAGAAAGAGAUGCUUUGAAGGCUGUCUCUCUUUUGACAAGGGGCAAGAAAGAGAAACAGGGGGAUAGACGGCAUAAAGCAGGGACAAAAACUGGAUUGCUAGGAUGACUCGGAGUCGACUCGGAAGCUUGGAAUACGAGCCUCACGCUGAAGUCUCUGAAUGAGGGGCCGAGCCUGAGAAUGUAAAACCGUAGGGAGAUUUCGGAUGUCACUCAUGACGCGUCUUCCAUUGAGUUUGACCAUCUUGAGCUGCGAACAUCUCUGCUCCGCAUACAGCAGCGUCUACAGUCAAACUCGAGACAAAAGCUGGUGACAGUAUCUGACGGCACAGGGGGACAGAAGAACACUGAAGGAGGGGCUCCUGCUUGAUCGGGGCUUUUGGUGGCCUACAAGUGCAAGCAGCCAGAGGGAGAGAAACGGGUAAUAGUGAAGUAUCAUGGAGACAGUCACAGUUAGGUAGCCCAUCGAGCAUGGAGUUUUACCUUCUCAGCCACGCAUCAACAGCACCGCAAUGAACCAGUUCUGACUGUGGAUAAUCCAGAGCCAAACAACCAAUCAUUGAGAUGCCGAAGAGAAGAGAUAUUCUUGCCAUCGUGUUGAUCGUGUUACCCUGGACUCUACUCAUCACUGUUUGGCACCAAAGCGCUAUAGCUCCACUCCUCGCUAUCCGAAAGGCCUGUCACCACCUAGUAAAAGAGAUCUUUAUCAUUCCAGAGAGGCUUGCGGUCCACCACCACCGACUCUCAGAUGAAGGCGCCGAGGGCAGGAGGGAGGCUGGUGGUCAGGACUCCAAAGAAUACUGUGCCUCAGAUAAGGACAUUGUGGAAGUGGUGAGGACAGAGUACGUGUACACGCGGCCUCCACCCUGGUCAGAUGUGCUGCCCACGAUUCACAUCAUCACUCCCACAUACAGCCGGCCAGUGCAGAAGGCAGAGCUGACCCGUAUCGCAAACACCUUCCUCCAUGUCCCCAACUUGCACUGGAUUCUGAUAGAAGACUCACAGAGGAGAACUCCUCUUGUCACAAGUCUCCUCCGAGAGACGGGGCUAAACUACACCCACCUCAAUGUGGAGACUCCCAAGAACUUUAAAAUACGAGGUGACACUCGUGACCCCAGGAUUCCCAGAGGAACCAUGCAGCGGAACCUGGCCCUGCGUUGGCUUAGGGAGACCUUCAAAAACAACAGCCAGCCGGGCAUCGUCUACUUUGCAGACGAUGACAACUCGUACAGCCUGGAGCUAUUUGAGGAGAUGAGGUCGACUCGAAAAGUCUCAGUGUGGCCUGUGGCCUUCGUGGGCGGCCUGCGCUACGAGUCCCCCAAGGUAAACGCAGCCGGAAAGGUCUACGGCUGGAAAGCGGUGUUCGACCCCCACCGGCCAUUUGCCAUCGACAUGGCUGGCUUCGCCAUCAACCUGAAGCUCAUCCUCUCCAAGCCACAGGCGUACUUUAAGCUCCGCGGGGUGAAGGGAGGCUACCAGGAGAGUAGCUUGCUCCGAGAACUUGUAACACUCAAUGACCUGGAGCCAAAAGCUGCCAACUGCACUAAGGCCUAAAUGAAAAGAGGGGAUUCAGGGAACUGCUCACGGAACUGAAUUGGACUCGGUGAAGGAGACAGAGACGUCACACUGAUUACAGAUGAGUGCAGGAGAUGGACAAAAAGGGUGGUAAAGAUGGAGUAAAAGGGAGGGGGUGGGGGUUAAGUCGUGUAUGUGCAUGUCUUUUUCUUAUAAUCGUCCACUUCAGAUGCGAGCGUCACGGUUACCCGCCUCCUCACUACACCUGAGCAGAGAGGGAGUGGGCUCCUGGCAUGGCUCAUGCAUAUUUCAUGACUGCUGCCAAGGCAAGAUGAAAGAAGGAAGGGUCCCAACACAAAGGAGAGAAGAGGGAAAUGAGCUUGACACUUUGAGUUUGUUUCCCUCUUCCUCCUCCCCCCUUUGCAAACGUUUUCCUGCGUGUUUGUUCUGUCUCUGGGGCAAAAGCAAGCCAGCAUGAAAGCUUUGGAGGAUGUAAUGGAACAAAAACGUAUCCAGAAGAACUGGGGAGAAAACUGUAGUAAUGCCACUAAGGGAAAAGUUUAUACAACAAAUAAUUUAGAGCUGUCAGUCAUUUGAAGGAAGCAAUUAUUCUGUGGUCAGAAGAGGACAAGCUGAAAAAAGGCUGUGCUAAAUUUGUAAGAAAACCCUGUUUCAACGCUGCCUCUUUUCACUCUGCAGGGUUCACGCUCAAGUAGCUCUUUACACAUAGAUAGGCCCCGUGGUGGUGAAUGUACUGCUGGAGCAGCGUCCACAAUCGUCUGUAGUUGAAGAACAUGAGGUUGAAUCAGUGCAUUAAGGGAACAGCAUGUCACUAAUGUUUCUGCUGUUUGUGUUUCCAUGCUAUUUGUAUUUUUUUUUUUUACCAGAUACUCGUUUGGCACACAAGGACAGAGAAACCCGUCCUUGUGAAUGAGGGGAAGAAAGGAUUCACAGAUCCAAACAUGGAGAUUUGAUUGUACUUUCCUCAAACUCUGGUGGUGGGCCUUGCAUCUGCGGUGAGGGGAAACAGUCAAGUUUCUAUAGAACUGUUCAACUGUGAUCAAGUCUUAAUUCUAAGGAAACAAAAUGGAGGAAUAUGACAUGGGUUAAAAAUAUUUUUCAAAUAUGGACCAAAAACAUGUCAACUAUAUCAUAUCAAAGCACAGCAGGCAGAGGCAGCAGUCGUUCUUCGGGUCUACCACUGAAGAGCAAAGAGGACGGAUCUCUAAUGAGGUUUACCUCCACCUUCUCCGGGGUUGGGUGGGACAGCACAAUAUGAAAAGCAUACAGCCAGCAGACUGGAACAAGCAAGCAGGUCUGAAAACUAUCCUUCCUCCGCAAAUAAUGCAAAGGAUCUGAAAGAAAUGGACCAGGAUCUGCACAUUGCACACAAAAGGAGAUUCAGGAUGUGGUACACAUCAUCAGUGCUGGAUUUAGAAAAAAAAAAAGUUGAGUUCACUUUCAGCAAGGAAGAAAUGUUGUUUUAAUAACUACAAAUGUUUGCUGUAAUUUAAUUUAACUGGUUUAGGAGUUUUAUGAACACUUGAUCUGCUAGUUCACCUGUAUUGACUCUUCUCUUCAUGUCUUGUUGGGUUAUCAUUGUCAAUUUUACACCAUCAUUGAAACUCAUGCAUAUACAGUGGGCCACAUAGGCACGUACACUUAAAAGAGAAACUCAACCUUGGUGUUCAACUUGAGAAACAUAGUUAUCAAAAACUUAACACUCUUAGCAUUUAAAAUUAACACGGGGUUUUCUCUUGAGGAAGGGUUUAUGCGUAGUAAACAAAUAUGAGACCAAUCGGAGGCCUGGGGGAAAAUUUUGACAAAUGCACUGAACAUUGUAUUUAUGUGUGAAUGCAAAGCUAUUAAAUUAUUGAAACUGAAAGAUAGAACUCAUUUACUGUCUGCACUCGUCUUAUAGAAUACUGGUGGAAUGUGUGAGACUUUAUUAAGAGAACAUUUAGUUUGCGGCACCUUCAAAAUGAAGAACCUUUCAUUCAAGCUCAGAUUCAUAAACGUCAACUCCUACAGAGGCCCAAAAGUGUCACAUUGAAAUUCAAUUAUUAGAUAAGAGAGGAAAAAAAUACCCUACCAAGUACAUAAUUAAGAAAACAUGUCAUUAAUUAACUAAUGAUUUUGUGCUGCAGUGCAAAAUGAAUUUAGUUUUUCUCUUCUUUCUGCAUGCCCGUCAGUCCGCAGGCGGAGCUGACGCAGAUAUUCUGAAGAUGACUGAUUUGGUCUGAAGAAAAUUCUUUCACACACAUGGACUCUCUUUGGUUAGAUAUCUAUCUCAUUGCUGUAACAAAUGAUGAUUUUCCUGAUUUACAUGCACAACGUUCAGACCAUUAUUCUUUCAUAUAAACAAAAUAUCUCUCGCAGGGCAAAUAGAGAUUAAAAACGUGGGAACACCACCUUUAACAAAUUAAACAGUCUUUCAUGGCAGAACCUUUAUCAUUUAAUUCACUGAGUGCUCUUCUACUAUCUUACGUAGAUUAAUGCUUCAGCAGCACCACCAGGAUUAGGCUGGAUGUUUACACCUUCAGUUUUUUAAGCAGUCUCUAGAUAGGAGCCUCUCAUAAUGUUUGGGAUGUUAGGAUUUCAGAAGAUUUGCCUUGGUAUGCUUCUAUGGCUGGAAUAGAAAUUUUGGUUAAUUAAAAUAAAAAAUUAACACUCCUUAGGUUUUUUU